AUGUCCCUGCGAGUCAUCAUCGUCGGCGCCGGCCUCAUCGGCCCUCGCCACGCCCAAUCCGUCCUCUCCAACCCAUCCACCAAGCUCGUGGCUCUCAUCGAUCCAGCCAGCAGCGCUGCCCUCAUCGCCUCGCAGCUAGACACGAAACACUUUCCCUCCAUCCCCGCCAUGCUGGCGGCCAUCCCAAGACCCGACGCCGCCAUCAUCUGCACCCCAAACCACACCCACGUCCCCAUCGCAACGGAGCUCCUCACCCACGGCAUCCACGUCCUCGUAGAGAAACCCCUCAGCGACAGCCUCGAAUCCGCUCAGUCUUUGCUAAAUUUCGCCAGCCGCCCCGAAAACAGCCACCUGACUCUCCUGGUCGGCCACCACCGCCGCUUCAACCCCUACGUCGAGAAAACCAAGCAGAUACUGGACAGUAACUCCCUCGGCAACCCCAUCGCAGUCAACGGACUCUGGACUCUCUACAAGCCUCCGUCCUACUUCGCCCCGCCAACGGACUGGCGCCGGACCUCCAAAUCGGGGGGCGUCGUGCCAAUCAACCUCGUCCACGAUAUCGAUACACUGCAGUAUCUGUUUGGUCCUAUCACCCGCGUGCACGCGGAGAAGACACCACGACAGCGAGCUAACCCGCCGCAUGAGGUCGAAGAAGGCGCAGCGCUGAUUCUGUGUUUUGCGUCUGGUGUGGUGGGCACGUUCCUCGUCUGUGAUGCUACACCCUCCCCGUAUAACUUUGAGAUGGGGACGGGGGAGAACCCGCUUAUCCCUUCUCCGGGGGCAGGUGGUAGGGCGGACUUCUACCGGAUCUUUGGCGCCGAGGCGUGUCUCAGUGUGCCUGAUAUGACGCGGUGGAGUUAUGAUGGGCGGGCGGAGAAGAGUUGGACUGAGGAGUUGGCUGUGGAGAGGUUUGAAGUAGACCAAAGGGGGACGCCGUUUGAUUUGAAGCUGGCGCAUUUUGUGGAGGUCAUUAAGGGGAGGGCGCGGCCAAGGUGUUCUGGGGAGGAUGGGUUACGGGCGUUGAUGGUUUGUGAGGGGGUGAGGAGGGCGUUGGAGACGGGGGAGACGGUUGAAUUGCCUCUGGUAUAG